UGUGUAAGGUAAAUGUGGGAGGGAGGGAGGGAGGGAACCCCGCUGUGAAAUGAAGCACAGGUCGGACUAGGUGAACAUCUGUCGCGAUGGAUUUCGUGCUGAGCGGAGCGGCGGCGUGCGGCGCCUGUCUGUUCACCAACCCGCUGGAGGUCGUCAAAACGCGGAUGCAGCUUCAAGGAGAGCUCAAGAGCCGGGGCUCGUACCAGGUCUACUACCGCAACGUCUUCCACGCUUUCUACACCAUCGGUAAAGUGGACGGACUGUCCGGGUUGCAGAAGGGACUGGCACCGGGUCUGGUCUAUCAGUUUUUUAUGAAUGGAGUCAGGCUCGGCUCGUACGCCAUCAUCGAGUCCUCCGGUUACAUCCACACAAACGGAAGGGUCAACGCGGUCAAAACCACGCUUGCGGGAGCUGUGGCUGGAGUGGUGGGAGCCGUAAUGGGCAGCCCUGUGUAUCUGGUCAAGACUCAUCUGCAGAGCCAGGCCACCUCCUCUAUUGCAGUGGGACAUCAGUACAAACACCAGGGGAUGAUCCACGCUCUGGCAGCCAUCUACAGGGCGCACGGCAUCAUGGGAUUGUGGAGGGGCUCCAGUGCUGCGGUGCCCAGGGUCAGCGUGGGCUCAGCCGCACAGCUCUCCACCUUCUCCUCCGCCAAGGAGCUGGUUAUAGACCUACAGGUGUUCAAAAAGGACAGCUGGUUGAUAGCUCUGACUGCCGGCAUGAUCAGCAGCGUGGUGGUGGUUCUGGCUAUGACACCCUUUGAUGUGGUGAGCACUCGACUCUACAACCAGCCCGUGGAUCAUUUGGGCAAGGGGGAACUUUAUAAAGGAUUCGCCGACUGCUUUUCUAAGACUCUGAGCAAAGAAGGCUUGUUGGGACUCUACAAAGGCCUGGGAGCCUCUUAUUUCCGACUUGGUCCACACACCAUUCUGUCUUUAUUCUUCUGGGAUGAACUGCGCAAGCUUUACCGGGACUUCAGAUAACACGAGGGAACAAGGAAAUUGGAUAAAUGGGUAACUCAUUAAGCUCUUGAGUGCAUAGGCUAAAUGACUCCUCAUUUAAUGAGUUUGUUAUUAUGAGGGGAAAGCAAAAAAAAAAAAAAAACCAGGAGAGGCUCUUCCUCUUCCUUAAUGGGAAGGAAGAGCAAAGGUGAGGAUGUACACUCCAUUAUGAAAACACUUGAGUCGAGUUAAAAUGUGUCAGGAAGAAGGAGAACAUGUUACUGCAGCCAGGAGCGCUGACCAAGUCUGACGUGCAAUAAAUGCACUUUGACAUGUUUUGGUGCCACACGUGCACAAAUUGAAUAACCAAAUAGGAACUUAUAUUAGACAGAUCUCAUACAGUGAGUCCUCUGGGAUGCACAUGGCUCUUUAAUACCUCUGAAAGUCUUUCGUCAUGCCAUUCCAAGAGAUGAAGAUGUAUCUGCACCAGACGCAGCACCUUCUGAAUAAAGCAUCAAAUGUGGCCCACCAAUUGGAGUGAAUUGUGCCUGCAGCGACAACAGUGGCACACUGCUCAGAUAUCAAAAAGGAUCGGUGCAGAUUGUAACCCCUCUGUGCUGUGAUGUAACAGCUGUUUAAUACAAAGCAAUCACAGGCAAUGGUCCUAACAAGUGCAGUAUAUAUAUAUAUAUACUGCUCAUUAAAUUCAUCUAAGACAAAAAUUAAUGCUGCUGUUUGAUUGGACAUGCAACAAGAAGUCAAAAACUAGCAGCAAGGGAGGGAUUGAGGGAUUUUCUAUGCCCAACUUUGACCUCACCCCAAUUGUUGAGAAAGUCAACAACCCGCUGAUCUCUAAACGACCAGUUAGCCAGUCGUUACAAACUUUAAACCUUACAGGAGAAACUGAAAGAAAAGGCGUUAAAGGCAGCUCUUGCACAAAGACUUCCUUUAACGUAAGACACUAUCCAGAGCUGAUGAGAACUCCUUCAGAAGUUCAUUUUAUGUCCUUGUUAUUUUUAUUUAUUUAAACAAAUAAAUACAGCGCUCUUCUCCCCCUCUUCAGAAACCGAUGAGUGAUGUCACUGAGAACAUGUCCAUAUUUCAUACACUUUGUGCUCUAAGCAGCUUUUAUUCAUCUGUUUGAUAAAUGUAUAUCACUGACUCUACCUGUGAGUGACAGUAGACUCGUGGUUCUAUGAAGUCUUGAAGUCAGGUCACCAAGAAAUAGUUAAGAACUGCUCUCUAAGCUGUGAUCCAGAUUUGAUGCUUUCUUCUGUGUAAGUGCACGAUACUCUGCCAAGUGUUUCAUUAAACAUUAUUUUUUACCUUUUAAAAGAUCACACAAUAUGUUUGCAUGACACAUUCAAUAAUGUACCUCAGCUUUCAGAGCGUAUAUCUGUGCUCUUAUCUUCUAUGAUAUGACCCAGGAGACGGACGUUACCAGAGUUUAUUUUUUAAUGAUGAAGUGGAUGUUUGGUCUCCUGAUAUCGUCAUCGCCAUUUUUAUAUUUACCAAAGCAACUUUCAUUUCCCUCCCUGACGCCCAAUUUGUAUCUCAAAUUAUGUACGUGGUUUUGUUUGAGUUUGUCUAAGUCGUGAAGGGUCAGACAAAUCCAAGUAUCAGAAAAUAAGACUUUAGCGGUCUUCCCCAGACAUUAUUGGUCGAUGAAGAGUUGUCUGAAUAAUUGAUUGUCUCACUAGAAACAAAGUGUUUCAAAAAUACUGAAUUAAAUUAAGCACUAUCAGUAGUGCUGUAGUCAAGACCACACUAGCCGAGACCAAGACCAACCAUUUAGGGGUCGAGACAGAGUCAAGACCAAGGCAGGGCGAGACCGAGACGAGACAAAGAUCUUAAAUAUCACUGAAAAAUCAUCAUUUUGUGUGCAGCAGGCGUGUCACUCACUUAGACCGUAACACCGGGAAGGUUGCGGCCGUAACCGGGGGAUAAAAAUCUAAAUUAAUUGGUUCUUUUAGAAAAAGGACAUUUUCUUUCUAAUCACAGUGAUGUCAUGGAAAAAUAGCCUAUCAGUGGUGGUCUGUACUGCUCUUGAUUUAAAAUCUGGAGUCCGCCCAGUCUGAGACCGAGACAAGACCGAGUGAAAAUGCUUUUGAUUCCGAGUCGAGACCAAGACCUUCAAAAAAGUGGUCUCGACCCCGGUCUUAAGACUAAGACCGAUUUCAAGUGCUACAACACUAACUAACACUUCAGGUGCAUCUCUAUUAUGAUAAAUCUCAAACGUUACUGGAUAUUUAAUGUCACUGACUUUUAACAGGAAUGUUCAGAAAGUACUGAAGAUAUCGCAAAAAAAAAAAAAAAUGCAAAAUGUGGUUUUGAUACUUUGGUUUGAAAAGUGCUCAGCUCAUUGUGACAUGAUAAGAUUGUUGAUUUUCAACGAUGAGAGCCGUACAAAUGAAUGUUCAACACAGCCAGCUGCUUUUGCUUCAUGAAUGUGUUACUGUCAGGUUCAGCCAAUGUGUCUGUGCAAUGGACACAAAGAGCCAAUAAACUUUUUGACUUUGA